UAAAAUGUUAACUCUUAACGUAAAACGUGUUUUCUCGCGAAUCUCUUUUUCCUUUCCGUGAACGCGAAUCAGUUUUUGCAAAUAAAAAAUCUCGUUUUUUAUUUCGUUUACUUAUAUUUUACCUAUAUUAUUCCUACAUAAUAAUACGAUAGACAUAUAUUAUUAUAUUAUUUUUUAAUGUGCUUAAUUACGUUGUACGAUGGUGCCGAAGAUGCUGCGAAUGUUGGCGUGGAAUGAAUUAUUCUGAAAAUGUCAUCGUACCGCAGCAGUUACAUUCCAUGGCAAGCUUCACUACCGAGCAGCAACAGCUACAAUACACAUACAAGUAAACAAAAUGCCACUUCAACAACAGAUCGCUAUGGAAGCGAUGCCAACAAGAGAUACUCUUCGAGAGGUUCGUCUUUCGGCGCACCAUCGUCCAGCGCAUCGUCAUCAUCGACGACAGCCACAACCACCACUUCGACAUCUUCAACCAACUCGCCAUCGUACCUCAGCUAUCGUAAAAGCACUCCUUCCAUAUUGAAAAAAUACGCGAAUUACGCCUCGAAUAACGCUUCAGCCGCAGCCAUAGCAGUAGCAGGAGCUCUGGCCAAUGCGAACGCAUCUCGAAAAACAGCCAACAACGCUCGACCCGUCCAAGAGACCAAAGAAGACGAUUCUAGCGCGAAAAUCGUCUCUAAUAUUCCACGUUGUACAGCAUUCAGUAAUACUACGAAAUUAUCGCCUACACGAGGUGAAAAUGUUUGGAGUGGUCAAAAUCAAACGAUCGGAAGAUCCGCAGUUCGUAGGAGAAACGAAGAAAUCGAGCAGCGGUCCCCUUCGCCGGCGAAAACGUUAUUCGUGACUCGGGCCACCUCGCCGACUCCAGCUCGAGCUGGACGAAGAACCAACGAUGGCGAUAACGUCUUGUUGUCGGAAAUGUGUAAACCGAAGUACUACAGCCUGAAGAGUUACGCUGACUCUGCGAGUCAGACCGAAGAACCGAGCGAUUCGCAGAAAGCUCCGGCGCCUCCAUCACGUACAGUUGCUUCAUUGAGUAAUAAGUUCUUGUCAGCGGCGAAUAGUCCAGGCAGUAGUGGUCGAUUUAGUCCGAAAGGAGCUGGUGGAUAUGCUUACGCUAGACCUACAGAUUUACCUAUACGAAGCUCGUCUCUGUUACGUCCUUCGUAUCAUAGUCCGAGUGAUAGAAUUUCACCGAAUGCUGAUCGAUUAUCGCCGAGCUUCUUCCAAUCGUAUAAUUCGUCGUUGUCUUCGCCUCCUCCUGCUCCUCCGCUGCCUACGUCCUGGGCAAGGACACCGUCUCCGUUGACUGUUCUGCACAAAUCGUUGACCAGUUUAACGCUGGAAGAAGCAGAUGCAGAAAAACAUCCCAAUAACGACGAUUCCGAUACCGAAGACGAGUCCAGUUACGAAGAAAACCAUCCGAUGAAAGGUGAAAAUGAACGAUACGGUUACGCCAACGUUACCGCUAUCGAUAAACCACCGAAAUACCCGCCAAGUCCGAACGCCCUUUGCAGAAGUAAAUCAAUCGUCGGCGCCGAGAAUCGCACAGGGAUCAGUAUUCGUUCAUUGAGUACGAGUUCAAAUAGUAGUGGAGCUGGCGGCGCAGGGUGCAGGGUGGAUUCCAGUUGCGAAGAAGAUAUCGCCGAUAAGCAGCACAUUCCAGUACUGAAUUCCGGCUUUAACGAUACUAACAAUAAUAAUAUUAUACGAGCGUCGUCGUCGGACAGCUCACCGAAACCGUACGCGAUUCGACGAAUAGAUUCGGGCGAAGCACCUUGGUGGCUGGGUAAUAAUUCGAAAUCACCCGAGACGAGCGAUACGUCUCAACAAUGCGGUUACCGUAUUCGUAAAAUGGACUCGGCUGACUCUCCUUGGUGGUGCAAAACAUCUUCAACAGCCGGUUCCGAAACCCCGUCUGAAUCGUUCAACCAGCAACGUCAGCGAACCAACGCUAGCGGUAAUUCAUCCUCAGAUAACGCUCGUCCAACAUCCUCGAAUCUCGGAUACACGUUGAGAAAAAUGGAUUCGUCAGACGCUCCUUGGUGGUGUAAUUCGGAAGAAGAGCGACCAUCUGAAGACGCUAAAGCGAUCCCCGCAGCAGACCAGGUAUGCUCUAGCGAUGAAACUAAACCAUCGUUUCAUCAAAUACGCAGAUUCGAUUCCGGCGAGAAAGACUGGUGGGCUGAGAGCGACAGUCCAGCGCCUGCCAAAAGCUCCACACCGAGUAUUCCAGACUGGUGGAAUAACGUGAAAAGUGACGACGAAUGUGACGGAUGCGUCGAAACGUACAAAAGCAAUAAAGUACUGAGGAUCAAAAAAAUCGAAUCUGUGGAUAAAUCAGAGACUAGCGAGAACGAAUCGCGUCGUCAGAGCUGGCUCAACGAUCGUGAAAAUGGCCAAAACGAUGUUAACGAAGGCGAACGUACCGAUGUGAAUUCGUUUUGCGAAGAUACCAGUAAAUUGAAGUAUAUAAAUGAGUUAGAUAAUCUUUUGCUGUAUAUCGGAGAUCAUACCAAUAUCGACGAAUUACUCGGGACGGAAGUACCGCCUCCGGCCGCACCCGUAACACCUACCGGAGACGAUAGUUCAACCGAAGAUGAAUUAGACGAAGGUUGCGAAAAAAUCAGCGCUCAACAAGUCAAAAUUCACGAUGGUUCGGCUUACACCUCAACUAUUCAUCGGAGAAAUGGCCAGCUGGAUGACGCUGCCUUACAACUGUACAAGGAUGGAGAUUAUUGCUCGUACUUGGAUUUGGACUCUUCCAUUUCCGAACAGCAGGAAGAAUUUGAAGGGUUUCAACCAAGCAGAAAAGAUUCCAUUGUCAUGAGAACGCAGCUUUCAGUCCGAGUGCAUUUAAUUAUUGAAAAAUUGAUGAAAUCAGAAGGACGCGAGCUUAGAAGAGCUUUAUUCUCCUUGAAACAAAUAUUCCAGGAAGAUAAAGAUUUGGUUCACGAAUUCGUCCAAAAUGACGGUUUAGAUUGCUUGAUCAAAGUUGGCUCGGAUGUGGAUCAGAAUUACCAAAAUUAUAUAUUAAGAGCUUUGGGACAAGUAAUGCUGUACGUUGAUGGAAUGAACGGUGUCAUGGAACAUAACCCCACCAUCCAGUGGUUGUACUCUCUAGUCAGUUCGAAAUUUCGUUUAGUCGUGAAAACAGCGUUGAAAUUAUUAUUGGUAUUUGUCGAAUACGUCGAGUCGAAUUGUCUACUCCUCAUACAAGCUAUACACGCCUUAAAUCUAUCGCAAGGUACUCUUCCAUGGAGCAAUAUAAUGCGACUUUUGCACGAAUACGACGCCACAGAUACGGAGCUUUUGAUAUACGCCAUGACGCUGGUCAAUAAAACUUUGAAUGGGAUCGCUGAUCAAGAUACUUAUUACGAUCAAGUUGAUUUACUGGAAGAACAAGAUAUCGAAUCGGUUAUUCGGAAAUAUAUGUCAAAACAAGGCACCGAUCUAGAUCUGCUGAGGCAAUUUCAAAUUUACGAGGCUGUUCUUCAACACGAAGAUGGAGAGGAUAAAAGCACUCCUUUGAAGCAGCUCGAUGAAACGAUCAGGAAAACUCUACGAAACAGAAAAUCCUUAACAAACGGUUCGAUGAACGGUGUCGGAGGCUGCGAUGAGAGAAGAAAAUCGAGAAGACAUUCGACUGGAAUGACCACCACAUACCCUACACCUCCACCAUUGACAAAUUUGAUUCGUCAAUACAGCGAAACAUCUUCUCCGGACGACCAUCGAAUUAAAUCAACUACGGACGGAGUAGGAGUCACGCCGGGACUAAGAAGACGCAGAGAACGAGCCGAAAGACAACGUAGUCUUCUCAGAGAACAAUACGAAAGCAAUAUGCGAACCAUGAUGGAUACAACGAGUAGCAGUGAAGAUGGUAUCCAAAAUGGCAACGCGAACUACUGCAUACCUCAAGUCUACGUGAAUAAUACAGUCAAUAAACUAAAAAGCAUGGAAGAUACGUCGCUGACGAACGUAAUGCGAAAUAAUUAUCAAAACGGAGAAGUGUCUCCGACUUUGAAACGAGAAGCCACUGUGAAGGAUAUCACGCAAAAGUUAGCUACGUUACAGACUCCGGCUGCUGACGAUAAUACCAAAUCACAAAAUAUAGGCAGAGUCGAAGAAAUGAAAGGAAUUAUUUCAAAAGCCAUGGAAGGUCUGGCCAAAUCUCAAUCACGCUGUGAUAUACUUCGUAGUCCUACCAACGAAUGCGUUCGCGCCGAAAUAAAAAAGAGCGAAACCGAUCUACAUUGGGAAGAAUUACUAGCCACUAGUACCAGAGCAUUGCAUUUAUGCGAUUUAGAUUUCAGUGAUCUAAUGAGCGACGACGAACACGAUGUGCUGGCUCCAUCGUGCAGCGCUAACGGCGCUCCUCCGCCUCCUCCACCCUGCUGUGUUCCACCUCCUGUGCCGAGUGUGCCAAAUUGCGUUAGUAAUAAAGCUAAGAAAACUGUGAAGCUAUUUUGGAAGGAAGUUCGCGAAGAUCCUAUCGUUAUGGCUAAAUUGAAUUCGAAGCAGCUGAUUUGGGAUGAAAUGUUCCCAGUGUCUGUCGAUACUCAGAGAUUAGAGCAUUUAUUCGAGUCGAGAGCUAAGGAUCUUAUAUCUAAGGAGAAACAACACGAAAUGAAUAAAAGCAAGGAAAUCAUCGUUUUGGAUCCGAAACGUUCGAAUGCUAUAAAUAUCGGAAUGACCAAGUUACCGCCACCUAGAUCAAUCAAAACCGCUAUUUUAAAAAUGGAUUCUACUGUGAUGAAUAGAGAAGGAAUAGAAAAAUUAUUAACCAUGUUACCGACUGAAGAAGAAAGAUCGAAAAUCCAAGAAGCCCAAUCCGCCAAUCCUGACCUACCACUGGGUACAGCAGAACACUUUUUACUCACUUUGGCGUCGAUUUCUGAAUUAACGGCGCGUCUUAAGCUGUGGUCUUUUAAAUUGAAUUACGAAAAUAUUGAAAAGGAAAUCGCGGACCCUUUGAUGGAUUUGAAACAAGGUAUGGAAGUGCUGCGAGCCAAUAAGACAUUCCGGGCUAUUUUGAGUACUUUGCUGUCGAUUGGUAUAUUUUUAAAUGGAGCCGAAGUCAAAGGAUUUCAAGUAGAGUACUUGUCCAAAGUGCCCGAGGUCAAGGAUACCGUUCAUAAACACUCACUAUUACACCAUCUGUGCCAUAUCGUUAUGGAGAAGUUCCCCGAAUCUACCGAUCUGUAUUCCGAAAUUGGAGCAAUCACUAGAGCAUCCAGAGUAGAUUUCGACGAAUUAUCUCAUUCUAUCGAGAAAGUCAAACACGAAUGUAAAGCAUCAUUCGAUCACCUAAAAGCUAUCGCCAAACACGAUGGAAACACAGCUGUAAAAUUAAAAUUAUCAGAAUUUUUAGCCGAUUGCGCCGAAAGGAUCAUAGCGUUGGGUAAAAUUCACCGAAGACUGUUGAAUCGAUUUUAUAAGUUUUGCCUAUGGCUGGGCAUCCCUUUGCAUCGUAUUCAGACGACUAAACCGAACGAACUUUGUAAAAUUAUUUCGGAAUUCGCUUUAGAGUAUCGAACAACUAGGGAACGAGUUAUUCAACAGUUGGAAAAGAAAGCUAGUCACAGAGAACGUAACAAAACUCGAGGAAAAAUGAUUACCGAGGUAAAACACAAUGUCGGUAAAUUUAGAAGUAAAGAAGAUCGACAAGAUGCCGAAUUAAGACAAUUGCUGGGUAAAGAACAUAGUCCAGAAUACGACAAUAAUACGAAUAAUUUACAUUGCGGAUCUCUGCCUUGGAGACGUCUACGUAAAGAUAACGCUAAAAAUAUCAGAGACGAAAAACUAAACGGACAUUUAACCGAUGCUGACGACGAAUUAUUGGAAACUUUGGUAAAAACCGCCACCAAAACUCCAGCAUCUCGUAACACUACACGAGAAAGGAAACGUACGCGACAUUCGGAAAGGAAAUCACUUAUUCCGAAAAGGUCGAGAACAAGGGAUAAUAUUCUGAUACCAGGAAAUAUAAGCGCAUCUCCUUGAUUAUUUCGUGCGAAGAACUCUGAAAAAUGGUUUGACCGAAGAAGAACGAAAUCAUUUAGCAUCAUACAUUAAAAGUUACUGAACCACACUUCAGAUGGGAGCGCCGUUUCUCAUUUAGUUUUCAUUCAUUUCUUCCUAAUAUCUGGAUAUCCGUUCACGAUGAGCACAUACCUAACUUAUACAAAAUAAAUAUUAACGAUAAUUACCAUCAAUCAACUGAAAAACUUGAUGGAAACUAACGUAAAAUUCACAUUCACCUACCUGUUCUUGGUAAAUCUAAAAGGUGUGCUUAUAAUAUUUUAUUUUUGUAUUUACUGCCAAGCUCACGAAUUUAUUUCGUAACAUUUACAAAUGAGUGAUAUUAGGCCUAUUUAUGUUAUUUUGAGAAGAAUAAUGCUUGGUAAAAGAUGAGUAAAGAUAUCUAUGUGAUUAAGUAUCAAUGACCUAUGCAUUUAAAACGUUUUCAAAAAAAAUAAUAUCAAGUACUAUUUCUUUUUAUUACUUAUAUAAUUGAUAAUUUUGAUACACUUAUGACUUUUUUGUAUGUUUGAAAUAAUUAAUAACUUGUUUCUCUACACCUUUGUAACAAGAAAUAUUGGAAGAUAAUCUAGAUCUUUGAAAUUUUUCUACUCUGUCAACACUACUGUCAUCCAUUCUGGGUGAUAAUAAUAAGUUGAAGCAAGUAGAAAUUUGUUAGUUGAUAAAGGCUGUUAUUAUUAUUAUCCUUACACUAAGUGUUAUUGUUAUUAUUGUUGAUGAUUAAAGCGAUUUUUUUUUUGCAAAAUGCG